ACAUGUCAAGCCAGUAAUGGACACGUAGUGGCAGCACUAACGAAGAAGGUCAUACUCGACUUAAACCUACCACCUCUAAACUUACUACUUCAAGGACUAAAUCAUGCUCUUGUGGCUGGCACACGCACCCAUGUGACUUGUACAGCUGUUGGAGGCCGCCCACCACCAAAUAUAAUAUGGACCAAAGGUGGACAACUUAUACAAGGAGCCACACAAUCCACCUCCGCUGAUGGGAACACAACAAUUUCAGAAAUGAUGCUUAUACCCGUUCCAGAAGAUAAUGAACGCCAAGUUGUUUGCUCUAUUUCCUUAAAUCAAGGUCACCAUAUAGGAGAUGGUCACACUACUGUAACUACAGCUUCGAUGAAUGGCAAUGCUAUUAUGUAUUUGAAGGAUUCACGUGUUUUAAAUGUUACACAUGCUCCAAUCGUAUCAUUGAACUUGGGUGCACCACUCGAUCCAAAUAACUUAAUGAAAGGUUCAGAUGUUUAUUUGGAGUGUGAAGUUAAAGCUAAUCCUGGCAUUACAAAAGUGGAAUGGUACCACAAUGAUAAACAAUUGCAUUCAUCACGUGGCAUAAUCAUAUCGAAUCAAACCUUAGUUCUACAAGGCAUCUCGAAAUCGUCACAUGGACAGUAUUUCUGCAGAGCUACGAACUUACAGGGGAGCGUUUCCAGCAAUGAAGUUUACUUGGACGUUAAAUAUCCUCCUGUCUGCAGCUCUGAAUCGACCAUUAUACGCGCUGCACUUAAGCAAACAAUAAACAUCACUUGUCAAGUGGACGCAAACCCACUUGAUAAUCUUAAUUACAAAUGGCAUUUCAACAAUUCACUCGAAAGCCUAAUCGAACUGCCAACAACGGUAGCAACUGCUGUCUCCGCGCAACCAUUGCAACAUCCGGACACAGGUCGUACAUCCGCUGGCGGAUAUUAUCAACGCACCAAAAGGAAACAUUCGCAUUCACAGAAAUUUGUACUCGGACGCCAUGGUCGUGUGGCAGCUAGCAGUAACGUAGCAGCUACAUGGUCGAAUAUACAUUUCGAAGAUGAAGACGAACAUCAUGAUUACGAUGGCAUGGGUGUUAACAACGACGCUGACGCUAACGCUAACGCUGAGGAUGAUGAUGAUGACGAUAUUGGUGUUAUACGCAGCGAAAUGUCUAUAAACGAUAUGGAUUAUGGUAGCAUACCAGAGUUGCCAUAUACGCAAAUGGUUUACUCAAAUAUGAUGCAUAAAAAUCACCUCGAAGGUAAACAGCAAGUACGCAAACAAACGCAACAACAACAGCAAUUGCAGUUGCAGCAACAACAAAUACUGCUGCAACAUCCAGUUAGUGCACAUGAUGCAACUCAUGGUAAUCAAUUCCUAUUAGCGGAACGUAAACGAAUGGCAGCUUUGCAUAAGCAACAGCAUCAUCGCGUUAUGGUGACAACCACACCACCAGCUCCACUGAAUAACGUAUACGUUUAUCAUAUUGAAUCAUAUGACAGUUUCGGUGCAGUGUCAUGUGUAGCUAAUAGUCCUAUGGGUCAGAGCCAGCCUUGCUGGUAUCAUAUACAACCUGCAGAUCUUCCGGAUCCUGUUAAAAACUGCACUUCCUAUAACGCCACCGCAAAUUCAUUACAAGUGCAAUGCAUACCAGGAAGCGACGGCGGCAUACCACAACAUUUCCAUGUGCAAGUCUAUGACGAACUGAACAGACAAAUACUCUACAACACAUCCUUCAAAUAUUCCGAUUUCACCGUGAAAAGACUGCCAAGCGAUUCGGUGUUUGUUAUCAGAAUAACAGCAGUUAACGCACAAGGACCCAGCAAAGUGGCAUAUCGUUUAAGAGGACGCACACUCUCUGCGCCUCUGCUGCGCACAGCUUCCUCUACGGCUGUGCUGGUCCAACUAACUCCAUUGCUGGGCGCUCUGGUCGGAGUUAUUGCAACUUUGGUGCUCGUAGCUAUUUGCAUUGUGAUUUUUGUUAAAUUUCGCACAAAACGUACGCGUCGUCCCAACGGUGAUGCGACCUCGACCGAGGCGGACAAAGGCAGCGCUGAGCCAUUAUCACGCAAUAUGGGCAGCCAUUCCAGCUUAGAGGAUAAAAAUCCCGAUGUGGUGCCACAAGAAACAAACAGUGAGGAUGAAUUUCAUAUGGAAGAGAAAGCAUUCGAUCGACUCAAUAUGGAAUCGCAACGGAUUUUGUAUACUCCACCAUCGCGCAUGAAUACAGCAUCGCCAACUUUGCCGCCGCUAUCACCCACUUUUGGCAAGCAGUACGGUGAACUUUCCUUGACCACAAAUCCCGCCUACAGUUUAUACAAUACACCACAACGUGCACCAGCAACACAACGUCCAUUAUACACAGCCCCACCGCCUCUACUAUCCACACGUACACCACCUAAUAUAUACACACGCAUACCGGGACGCACCUAUUUACCAGCUUAUGAGACACGCACAUCUCCGACUUCACCUUACGGUUCCACUACAACCUGUACAAUACCUUUACUUGGCGGACAAUCGAGCGGUUCAUUGCAAACAAACAGCAGUAGCGGUGUGGGCAGUGGUCUGGGCAUAGUUAGCGGUUGCAAUACGCUGCCACAUCCAGGCUCACAAAAUAAUGCCAUAUCGGCCGCUCUAACAUCAUCGGUAACAUCUGGUAAUAUAACCAUUGGCGCAGCACAAUCACUACUCACUUCACCACGCACUCAGUCGGCUUAUGGCAGCGCAACUGUACAGUCGCCAUUGCUGGCUACAAGCGCUUUACUUGGCAAUGGGAACUAUGAAACGGUGUCCUCCUGAGAAUUACCGAAAGAUGACAUUAAAUGUCAGAUUGUCUGCAUCGGUGGAAGUAGUACGUGCACCAGCAAUGCCGAGCGUACCACCAUUGUUUAGUGGGUGUACCAACGCCUAACAUUGUGUUUAGUAUUUGUGCGUAUCCUUCCACUUGGUUCGUAUGCAAAAUUCUAUGUAAUAUAUUUGUAGCUAGUUAAGUGAUUAUACGUAUAAG